UCUCUCUCAAUUCUUCAGGCACCUUCAAAAUUUCUCUCUAGAGUCACGAUGCUUGCGACGCUCAAAUCCGAAGAGUCCAGUGGUCAGUUACAGCUCGUCGAACGAGAAGACAUAGACGACGAUGAAGAUCUCUUCGAAGCCAUCGACAAACUGAUUGCUCAAGGCAUCAAUGCCGGAGAUGUGAAGAAGCUUCAGGACGCAGGGAUAUAUACUUGCAAUGGCUUGAUGAUGCACACGAAGAAGAAUUUGACUGGAAUCAAAGGUCUAUCCGAGGCUAAGGUUGAUAAGAUCUGCGAGGCUGCUGAGAAGCUUGUGAAUUUCGGUUAUAUUACCGGAAGUGAUGCUCUGCUCAAAAGAAAGUCAGUGAUCCGAAUUACUACUGGAAGUCAAGCGCUUGAUGAAUUGCUAGGAGGCGGGGUCGAGACAUCGGCAAUUACAGAGGCGUUUGGAGAAUUCCGAUCUGGGAAAACACAGCUAGCUCACACUCUCUGUGUUUCCACUCAGCUGCCAACUAAUAUGCGUGGAGGCAACGGAAAAGUUGCUUACAUUGACACAGAAGGAACUUUCCGACCAGACCGAAUUGUUCCCAUAGCUGAGAGAUUUGGCAUGGAUCCUGGGGCUGUACUGGACAAUAUUAUAUAUGCUCGUGCCUACACUUAUGAGCAUCAGUACAACCUCCUCCUUGGUUUGGCUGCAAAAAUGUCCGAAGAACCAUUCAGACUUCUGAUUGUGGAUUCGGUGAUUGCUCUGUUUCGAGUGGACUUCUCAGGAAGAGGAGAGCUUGCAGAUCGCCAGCAAAAAUUGGCACAGAUGCUUUCUCGAUUAAUAAAGAUAGCUGAGGAAUUUAAUGUUGCCGUCUAUAUGACAAAUCAGGUCAUAUCUGAUCCAGGAGGUGGCGUGUUUGUAACUGAUCCAAAGAAACCAGCAGGAGGGCAUGUGCUAGCCCAUGCAGCCACGGUAAGGUUGAUGUUCAGAAAAGGGAAAGGGGAACAGCGCAUUUGCAAAGUGUUUGACGCCCCCAACCUGCCAGAGGCUGAAGCAGUGUUCCAGAUAACAGCAGGGGGCAUUGCAGACGCUAAGGACUAAAGAGUCGCUUCUGAGUUGUGACUUCUGGGCCGAAUCCACAAAAGAAACAGUAGUGGCUGAAUAUUUCUGGUAACCUUAAUCUUCCAGAUAUUUGCUACAGUCUGUAUGAAAAGUGUUGUUCCUUGAACACUUUUACUAUUUUCCAGUGAUAUGAUAUGAGUUCCCCUUAGUUAUACUUAUACACGUUUCCUUUAUUGUAAGUUGCGAUACAUUUUGCAAUUUGAACGUUUCACAAACAUUGAAAAUCUUGCUGCAAGUUUCUACUUUCUA